CACAAGUCGAAUUCGUUUGCGUUUGUGUUAUUUUGUUUGUUUUCUUGCGGAUUUGUUGUCUAAGCAACUAAUUAGCUUACUAAAUGGACUCCGACAAUUCUUCGCACCCCAUUGACCACGGCCUGAACAUGGAUUCCGCUUCCGCUUCUCACGAUACCCCCUGCACGAACUUGGACUCGAUAUCCUUUAUUAACGAUGACCCCAGCUUUCACACCGGCCAGAGUUGUUCCCAGCGCUCAGUGACUCAAUCAAGAAGACAUUUACGCUGUGUCAAUUGUAGUUUAAAUGUCACGAAAAUACGGAGACAUUUGUUGGAAAUUGCAGAAGUGCGACAUCUUAUACAACAAUGGCUUCGACCACAGCAGGUACAAGUUUCGAGUGACAGUGUAGUGUGCCACUCCUGUUGGACUGCAGCCUGGAAUCAAAUACGACAUCCAACUAGUGAACAGCAAAAUGCACAAACUGUUAGUCAUGGACAUGUAUGCAUCAGCUGUGGCAAGUCACUUUUGAGAAUAAGAUCACACACACACUGUUCGGGUCCGAUUCUCCACGUGAGGAACUCAUAAGGAAUGAGAUUGCCUAUCAGAUUGCACCACGUGAGUUGCCAUCAUCAUCUCGAGUGUGUCAUAAUUGCUGGCGAAGGACUGAUAGAGCAGUAUCACAGUCAACUGCAGAACGGGAACCGUCUGAAUUAUCUAGUCUGUCCACGUUGCAAUCUGAAGUGAGCAAUGUAUUGCAUCCAGAACAACAAAGCUUAGAUAAUACAACACACAGUAUACUGCUGCCUAAUUAUGUAAGAGCACCACUAACACAAAAUCAAUGUUUUUUUCCUGGUUGUAACGAUUUCAAUCGACUCACUGUUCCAUCAGCAUUGCGAGUACGUCUUUUUUGCGACUACAAUUACUAUGUACCUCCAGAAUGUAGAAUCUGUAACUACCAUUUAAAUAGUAACUCUUGGGAUUUACUUUUAGAAUCAAUAUAUAAUCCUAUUAAAACAUUCAGUGCAGCACAUAUUGAAGAUUUCGCUACGUUAUUGAAAGAUAAUAUGAACCAUCAUAUAGACUUUGAAAAUAUUCACAGUAUGCCUGAGCAUACUGUACAUUAUUAUCUAGGAUUAUCAAAGGCACAAUAUGAACAAAUUCUGUCUGAAGUUCCGAGACUGUCAAGUAAACAUAGGGGUUCUUUUGCACUUGCUGCAUAUUUGAUGAAAUUAAGAACAGGAGAUAGUGACGAACGCAUGUCGGCAUUAUUGCAAGUGCCAAGAAGCACAUUAGAGCGGCUCAUGAAUAUGACCCGCGAAAUUUUAAACCAGGAUUUUGUUCCUUUAAAUGUAGGCAUUAAUCAUAUAUCCCGAGCAGAAAUAGCUCAAAGGAAUCUCCUUAUUCCAAAUGGAAUUUAUGGGGGAGAAGAUAGGAGGCCUAUCAUAAUUGCCGAUGGUACAUAUAUAUACAUAGAAAAGAGUUCCAAUUAUUUGUAUCAGAAAAAAACUUACUCACUACACAAAUAUCGCAAUCUUAUAAAGCCUUUCCUUUUUGUGUGUAGUGAUGGUUACAUCAUAGAUAUUCUGGGCCCUUAUCAUGCAACAACUUCAGAUGCGGAUAUCAUAAAUAAUGAAUUUAUUUAUGAAUCCAGUUCAUUAAGGCAAUACUUUGAAUCAGGAGAUGUAUUCAUCCUAGAUAGAGGCUUUAGGGAUUCAUUGCCCCUUUUAGAACGUUGUGGUUAUCAAGUUCAUGUACCUUUGUCUCCAGCAGAUGGUGAAUCUCAGUUAACGACAAGAGAUGCAAAUAAGUCCAGAGCCGUGACUAUGUGUCGAUGGGUAGUAGAGGUGGUGAAUGGCAUUUUUAAAAGUCCUGUUUUAACGUACAGCGACUUAAUAUUAAUUGCUUGUGGCACAUACCAAUUAAAGCAAGCUCGCUCCUAUUACGGUGAGCAUAUAAGAUUUAAUGGUUCCUAUCGGAUCGAAGUAUGUAAUGACCACAGGAGCAGCAUUAUGGAAGGAAUAAACUUGAGUCCUAGCUGCUCUUUACUUAGGGCUAGAAUUGCAAGUCGACACAUCAGUCGUAAAAUAUAUUUUAUAUAUAUUUUAAUAAGUGGCAAUGAUACUGGCAGAAGUGCAAUUAAAAAGUAUUGUUGCAACUGUAUUGUCGGCCGUCGAACGGUAGGAUGCUGUGCCCAUGUUAUGACAGUAAUAUGGUAUUUGGGUUGGGCACGGCAUCAGACAAAUAUUUUGCCUCAUGCUCAAUUUCUGGAUGACAUACUAAUUGUGUAUGGUACAAAUGAUAUAUAAUGUUAUAAAAUAUCUUACAGAUCUGAUCAAAACUUGAUUAUGUAUAUAUAUGUAUCAGUAAAAUUAUUGUUAAAACACUGUAUUUGUGAAAAUAAAAACCUUUAUAUUUUAAAAAUCCGGACUUUUUUUAAACCAAUUCCUUAACCAGUUCAUUCUUAUAUUGCAUAUUAUAAUUUCUAUAUACUUUUAUAUGUGGGCACCCAUGGCCGAAGUGUCUAUGACCGGUGGGCAUUCCCCUUUAGUAAAUAAUCAUAAAGCCUAAAUUGUGAUUUUCACAAGAGAGGAAUGAAAAGUUGCAAAAUAUUUUCGUUUUCUGAAUUAUCGUAAAGUCCUUUUCAUGAAGGAAGUCCCGCGGUGAUUUUUGGAACUAAAUUUGACAGGUCGGCCAUGUUGUCGUUCGUCGAUGUUAUCAAGUUCGUUAGUUGUGGUAGAUUUUUGUGAGUUUUAAACUAGCUUAGUGCAUUUAAAGAUUGUUUACAAUGCCAAAAGUUGUAAAAAGUUCGGCUCGAGAAAUGAUAUUGAAGGUGAAAGAAUUCUGUGAAGCUGAACAAAAGAAUCAAGGUGUUUUAAUACCACUGAACAAUGUUCGGAAGAGAGUCGCCGCCAUAACAGGUACUUGCCAUAUAAUAAUUUUUUGCUGUAUUGAUGGGACUUUUAUGAUAUAAAUUCGUUUUACGACAAAAUUGAACAAAUACAUAACGUGAUGAAAUUAGGUAACCGAAAUUAAAACGUAUAUUACAUAGUACAUAAGCAUUAUAAACUUAAAGUGACUAUUAUUUUUAAUUGUUCAUUCUUUAAUUGCAGGUGUGUCUGAGAAAACUAUAACAAGAAUUACAAAAGAAGGUAUAACAGCGGCGAGUUCUUCGAAAAAAAUUGUCACCCCCGGGGAAGAGUCGCCCGCAUCCGAAAAAGUUCGACUUAGACGGGUUCGAUUUUUGCGCUAUCCGGCAAAAAUAUCACAGUUUUUACGUUGUGCAUAAAGAAUUACCAACUUUGGCUAAAUUACGAGCAGCUCUUAGAGAAGAUAUAAAUUUUCAGGGAAGCAUCACAUUGCAUAGUUUCAAGUACAAGCGAUGUCAAUCCAGACGCAAACUACUUAUGGAACGUCACGACAUUACCGCAUGGCGUGCAAGAUAUUUGGAUAAAAUACGAAUAAAUCGCACUGUGGAAAAACGACCCGUUGUAUACUUAGAUGAGACCUAUAUACACAAUACUUAUCAUACAAAAAGUUGUUAGCAGAGUGAGGAGGAGCCAGGA